AUGACGGCCCUUGGAGCAAAAAGCCAUAUCCCGCCGCGGCUCACCCUGCUCCAAAGACUCCAACUACUCGCAAGGGUUCUCGUCUCCCUCCCCCGUCUCAUCUUCGGCAUCACCAGGGAUCUACUCUUCAACCGCGACUCCGCCUCAUUCAGAACAAUCUGGAUGAGAAACACCGCCCGCGUAGCCGACACGCUCCCGCUCCCUCAAGCACGCGCACUCCAACGCUCAUCAGGAAGCACCAUCGCCUCACUCUGUAAAGCCCACCACCUCCACCAUGAGACCGCCGAACUAGACGCAGGCAGCGCCUUUCCUCGCGCAACCCUGCACUUCGUCGACUGUGACCCCACCGCGCGCAGCGCCAGCGAGAAGGUCCUCCUCUAUUUCCACGGCGGGGGGUACAUAACCCCCCUGUCCGCAGGCCACUUCAAGUUCGCGCGCGCAGCCGCGCAGAGACUGACCGCGAAAUGCGCCCUGCUUGAGUACACGCUCGCGCCGGAACUCAAGUACCCUGGUCAACUAGCGCAGGCGGCCGCCGCGCUGCGGUACCUGCUGCAGUACCAUGCUGCCGCGGACGUCACGAUAGCGGGCGACUCGGCGGGCGGGAAUCUCGCGCUGGCGGUGCUGGCGCAUCUGCGGGACCCGCAUCCGCUUGUCCGGCCUGUUUUUGAGGGCGGGGGUCAGCAGCAGCAACAGCAGCUCCGUGCGGCGCUCUGUAUCAGUCCCCGCUGUGCGAAUGAGUGCUCCGCUGCGAGCUAUACGUACAAUGCUUCCAAGGAUAUUGUGAGUAAGGCGUCGAUGGAGGUGUUCAAUUCGCACUGGGAGCCUGUGAAGGAGGAGGUUUGGGCGACGCCGCUGGCUGGGACGAAGGAUUUUUGGGGAUCUGUUCCUGCGAAGAAGGUUCUGCUGCUCGCGGGUACGGACGAGGUUUAUGUGGAUGAUAUCCGGCAGUUUGGUGAGUUGCUCGGGUCGUCGAGUCGGGCUGAUACUGAGCUUGUUCUGUGUGCCGGAGAGAUUCAUGUACAGGCUAUUCGUGACAUAGCCGUGGAUAAUUGGGAUGGUGUCAUGCUAAAGGUUGCUCUCAACUGGCUACAGAAUCUGGGGGAAACUAAAUGA